UACCAUCAUAUAUUUUAGCAAUGCACAAUUUUAUUGGCGUACAAAAUUCAUCCACGACCACCUAGGACUUGGAACUUGGAAGUAAGAAAAAAAAUCACCUCCCAAAUCCAAAUCCGAGGUGAAAAUGUGAAACCAAAUCAAAGUCGGAAAGGGCAAAGAAAAACCAGAAGAGAAACAAAGCUUCUCUCUUUUAAGAAGGGUUUGGGCCCUUUUUAUCUCCACCGGCCUCCCUCUCUCAUAAGCUCGCAUUCUUCCCUCUCUUCGCCGCAGAAGAGAGAGAAAACCAACCCCACGAACUACAGAACAAGCGAAGAGCGGAAAGCCUCUUCCCCCCUAUCCCGAACCCAAUCGCAACGAAAUCUAGUUUGUCAGAGAAAUCUUCGCUUUGAUUCCACCUGGUUCAGCUCCAGCUGAAUCGAACGGAGCGAACGGGAAUAAAAAAGAGGGUGUGUGCGUUUUUCCUUUCAUCAGACGACGGAGAUUCAAUCGAGGUAUGCAGCAAGGUGAUCAGACGGUGUUGAGCUUGAGGCCUGGUGGUGGUCGUGGAAGCAGCAGACUCUUCAACCAGUCUUCUUCUUCUCUGAUUCCUGGCAGCAACAGCAAUUCAUCUGGAGCCGCCGCCACCGCUAUUUCCUUCGGCGAUCUCUCGCUCCUUCGUCCUCAUGGCGGCGCCUCUGCCCUAAAGUCUGAAUUCAUCUAUGGUUGGUGCAAGUUAUUGACUUUGCUCCUUGUUGUUCAGGCUGGUGACUCACGCUUCGAGGCCCGUGAGAGGGUGAAGUACACCAGGGACCAGCUUCUGCAGCUAAGGGAGGCUAUUGUUACAAUCCCGGAGGAGCUUCUGAAAAUCAAACGGGAAAUUGAAACUGAGCUUUUCGGUGAAGAUCAAAGCUGGACUCGUGCAGCAGAAAGUAAUCCCUCACCAACUCAGCCACCCCAGAAUCGCUAUUCUGAGCCAGACAAUCGUGACUGGCGAACCCGUACCACCACCCCAAUUCCUGGUCCUACUCCUGUGGAAGAGAGGUCCUGGGACUCACUUAAAGACAGAGACUUCGUACCUCGGAAUGACUCCAGGCCACUUGAUGGAAACCAAUUCAAUCGUCAGGAUCAGCCCAAUUCCCAAUUUGUCCGCCCAAAUCAAUCGGGUGGUCCUACUCCCGCCUUAGUCAAGGCCGAGGUACCAUGGUCAGCUAGGCGAGGCACCCUUUCUGAUAAAGAUCGUGUCUUGAAGACCGUCAAAGGUAUUCUCAACAAACUUACCCCAGAAAAGUUCGACCUUCUCAAAGGCCAACUCAUCGACUCAGGCAUCACAUCAGCCGAUAUCCUGAAGGGGGUGAUCUCUCUCAUAUUCGAAAAAGCCGUGCUGGAGCCCACAUUCUGCCCCAUGUACGCGCUGCUAUGCUCCGAUCUCAAUGAAAAGCUUCCUCCAUUUCCCUCUGAUGAGCCCGGUGGCAAAGAAAUAACCUUCAAGAGAGUCCUCUUGAACAACUGCCAAGAGGCAUUCGAGGGCGCUGAUAAGCUGAGGCAAGAAGUGAGGGAAAUGACAGCUCCUGAUCAAGAGCUAGAGCGCAAGGAUAAGGAAAGGAUGGUGAAGCUUCGUACGCUUGGAAAUAUUCGCUUGAUCGGUGAGCUUUUGAAGCAGAAGAUGGUCCCUGAGAAGAUUGUUCAUCACAUUGUUCAGGAGCUUCUGGGCCCUGACAGCAAAGUCUGCCCGGAAGAGGAAAACGUUGAAGCGAUCUGCCAGUUCUUCAACACUAUCGGGAAGCAGCUCGAUGAGAGCCCUAAAUCACGGCGGAUUAACGACGUGUACAUGAAACGCUUGAAAGAGCUGUCGUCGAAUUCUCAGUUGGCUGCUCGUUUGAGGUUCAUGGUUAAGGAUGUUCUCGAUCUCCGAUCCAACAACUGGGUUCCCAGGCGUGAGGAGGUGAAAGCUAAAACCAUCACCGAGAUCCAUUCAGAGGCUGAGAAGAAUCUAGGGUUGCGUCCAGGGAGCAUGAGAAACAUAAGCCGUGGAGGCGGAGGCGGAGGCGGAGGUGGAGGCAUCAUCUCUCCGGGGUCCGGCCCUAGUGGGCCUGGUGGCUUCCCCAUUAACCGACCCGGGACAGGAGGCAUGAUGCCUGGAAUGCCUGGAGCAAGGAGAAUGCCUGGUAUGCCUGGGAUUGACGCCAAUAACUGGGAGAUGGCGAGAACCAGAUCCAUGCCAAGGGGUGAACCCUCGAAUGCUCAGCCUCGAACUGUUCAACCAUCCCAGAUGUUCAAUAAGUCGACUUCUAUGAACACCAAAUUCUUACCUCAAGGCAGCGGUGGAUUCAUCAGCGGCAAAAGCAGCGCCCUCCUCCAAGGACUUGGUGGGCCUUCUUCUGCCACUGAGAAGCCAGCAUUCACCGAGAAGCCAGCUGUUGCUCCUGCUGCGCCUGCUGUCACUCCUGCUCCUGUAUCAUCAGCUGGAAAAAUGACCAUGAACAUCGAAGAGCUGAGGAAAAAGACUGUCUCGAUCCUGAAGGAGUACUUCAGCAUCCGACUCCUCGAUGAAGCCUUGCAGUGCGUCGAGGAGCUCAACUCCCCCGGCUACCACUGUGAAUUCGUCAAGGAAGCCAUAGCCCUCGGCCUAGAAGAGAACCCUCCCUGCGUGGAACCCACAUUCAAGCUCCUCGAGUAUCUCUCAUCCAAGAAGGUGCUCGCGAGUCGUGACAUCUCCUCCGGAUGCAUGCUCUACGCGACAAUGCUGGACGACAUCGGGAUUGACCUGCCAAGAGCGCCACCCAACUUUGGGGAUAUCGUAGGGAAGCUCAUCUUGGCCGGGGUUCUGGACUUCAAGGCCGUGCACGAUAUGCUGAAGAAGAUGGAGGAUGACAUGUACCAGAAGCUGGUGCUCGAGGCAGCGGUUAGGACCGUGAAAUCGAGCAACCAAGGUAUACUGGACUCACAAUCCGCGGAUGUCGAGGCUUGCCAGAGUUUGUUUUAGUGAUGAUGAUUAUGAAUGGUGGAAGAACUGGUUCUGUUUUUGUGGCUCAGUCUGGAGAAAACACUACAAACCUUUUUUUCUUCUUAUUUCCUUUUUCUUCUUUUGCUGUGAGGCAAGCAAAAAAAGAACCUUUUUGUACUAUUUUUCAUAAAGCGGGUGAAGUCUCUCUCUUUUGAAGAACAGGUCAGAAGUUUUCCUUCUAAUUUUUGAUAAUUUUGCAAUUGUUUUUAGUUGUAUAUUUUUGAUAAUUUGGUCAUAAUGUCAUAUGGGAUAUUUGUUAAGGAAUUUGAUGGUUCCGUUUUUGGUGCUACAAGGAACCUUGUUUGUAACUAAUAUAAUAAUUUAGGCGUAUCAUAUUUUACUAGCAA